UCGGCCCGGCCGCGGAUGGCGGACAGCGGCCCGGCGGGCGGCGCGGCGGUGGCGGCCCCCGGGGGGGCCGGCCCCGGCCCCCGCGUCUACUUCCAGAGCCCCCCGGGCGCGGCUGGCGAGGGUCCGGCCGGGGCGGAGGACGAGGGCCCGGUGCGGCGCCAGGGCAAGGUCACGGUCAAGUAUGACCGCAAGGAGCUGCGGAAGCGGCUCAACCUGGAGGAGUGGAUCCUGGAGCAGCUCACCGGCUUGUACGACUGCCAGGAAGAAGAAAUCCCUGAGCUGGAGAUUGACGUGGAUGAGCUUUUGGACAUGGAGACUGACAGCACCCGGGCUGCCCGAGUCAAGGAGCUGUUGGUUGACUGUUACAAACCCACCGAGGCCUUCAUCUCUGACCUGCUAGACAAGAUCCGAGGGAUGCAAAAGCUGAGCACACCCCAGAAGAAGUGAGGCCCCGCCCCCCACCCGACCCUUGACUGGGGCGAGGCGGGGGCCACCCACCAGGACAAUCGCUGCCCACCCCUACUUCCCCAGACCUCGUAGCAACAGCAAUACUUGAGGGGGGGGCCCUGCUGUCUGGGCCUGGUGCCCCCCAGAGGGCCCCUCGAGCUCCUCUUCGGGGCCUCUCCCUGCCCCCCUGAGUUUCCGUUUGGGGUUUUUUUAUUGUUAUUAAGCUGAGGGACUUUUUGUGUUUUUAUAUCGAUGGCCGCACAGGCCCUUGAAUAAAGCCAGGACCUGCCUUUUGUGCA